CGGCGGGGGUGUUCGCUUUCCCGCUCUGCGGGCCUUUAAGCCUCUCGGCGUUGUGUUGCUGUUCUGCUGCGAGCUGCGGUCUAACGAAUCGAGGCGCUUAGAACCCGGAGGGAGUUCGAAAAGCCGACUGAAGGUGCGCACCCGCUACCACUAGCCCCGCUGCGCGCUUGCGCUCUACGCCCAACGGAGCCGGGCUGCAGAACUGGAGAAACUUCCGCGGCUACGGGUGCGGUUGCCUUCGGAUCCCGGCUUCGGGCCGACACCCGCGCGGGGCUGAGACAGGUGUCUGCGCUCCCCGCAAUGGGCUGCUCCAGCAGCGCCCUCAACAAGGCCGGCGACAACAGCACGCUCCCCAGCGUAACUGCAAAUGAGCAUUUUUCAACCGCAGAAGAAAAUGAGUCCUGCUUUGCCCAACCAAAGCCACGUACAUUGGGAAGAGAAUCUACUAUUGAUGGCAAUGUACAAAGGGAAAGCCGUCCUCCCUUACAAAAGCUCAAGGUUUCAGCAGAGCCUACAGCUAAUGGUGUUAAACCCCUCCAAGAACAGCCCCUGGCCAAGGACGUAGCCCCUAGAAGGGAUGCCACAGACCAAUCAGGGUCCACAGAAAAGACUCAGCCUGGAGAGGGACUGGAGGAAUCUGGGCCGCCUCAACCAGGUGGCAAAGAGGAUGCCCCAGCAGCAGAAGGAAAGAAGAAAGAUGCAGGAGCAGGGACAGAGGCUGAGCCUCUAAAAGGAAAUGCUGAAGCUCAGCCUUUAGGACCAGAAGCCAAGGGUCAGCCUUUGCAGACAGCAGGAGAGAAGGACUCCCUCAGAGCAGUGGAGGCCACUGAGAAUCCACAAGCUGCUGCAGAGAUGAAGUCUCUAGGAACAACUGAGAACGUUCUGACUCUGCAAACAGCUGGAGAGCUACAACCUCAGGGCACAAUGGGAAAGAAUGAGCAGGCCCCGCUUCUAGAAACAAUUUCCAAAGAGAAUGAAUCUCCAGAAAUAUUGGAAGGAAGUCAGUUUGUGGAAACAGCUGAAGAGCAGCAACUUCAGGCAACAUUGGGAAAAGAGGAGCAGCCCCAACUUCUAGAAACAAUUCCCAAAGAGAAUGUAACACCAGAAGUACUGGACAGAAGUCAGCUUGUGGAAAAGCCUGUUAUGAAUGAUCCACUCCAUAAAACUCCUGAAGGUCCAGGAAACAUGGAACAGAUUCAACCUGAAGGAAUAGUUGGAAGCAUGGAGCAUCCAGCACGAAAUGUAGAGACAGGAGCAUAUGUGGAAAUGGUCAGAAACAUCCAUAGUAACGAAGAGGACCAACGCAUUGAAGGUGAGACAGGGGAAAAGGUGGAAACAGAGAUGGAGAAUGAGAAAGUGAGUGAAGGGGCUGAAACCAAAGAAGAAGAAGCAGGAGAAGCAGUGGACCUUUCAGCAGCCACACAGAUAGAAGAGUGAAGCGACACAGCAUGUUAUCAUAGAGGAGACAAAAAUGGUAGUGAAGCUUGUGGUUAUGUAUCUUAUCUUUCUACAUUUACAUGUUUUCUGUAAGGAGUGUGGUUAUAGAGAAACUGUUGGAACCAUGAGAAGGAUGUUUCCGUGUUCUUGAUUAUAUUGUUCUACAAAACUGCUAAGCCAUGAACAGUUUUCUUAGCUACUUAGAAUGGUUAUACAUUUAAAAGUAUAAAAACCAAAGCCAAUAAAAAUUAUGUGAUUAUUUAAGAGUGUGAGGGUGACUUUCUUCAUUGUGGCCAUGGGGCCAUUCAGUAUAGAAAAUGAGACCCUAAAAAGAAAGUGUAAACCUUUAGGUACAAGUGGCUAGAGAAAGGAGUUAGCAAAUUUUAGGGAACUCACAAUAAUAAAGUCACACAGUUAUAAUCAUGAUGGAAUGAGAAUGAACAACAGCAAAAAUAAUAGAAUGAGCUAUACCAAAUAUUUCUGUCUUGUUAUAGAAUUCAGAGCUGAUAAGAACCUUAGGAAGUAUGUCAUCUACAUACUUGCUCUCCUUUAAGGUUGUCAACUACCACAGAUCCUUAUUUAUCAUGGAACAUUAAAUACAUUAACAGAAUCCUUUACAAAGGAUUGUAAACUCUGGUGCUCUCACAAGGUUAGACAUUUUUCAUGAUG